AUGUUGUUUGCUACUGGGCUAAAUGGAACCGGGUCUAAACAGACGAUAUCUAUAAAAGCUACUUACAUAUAUCCUCGUUACGAAGCUUACUCCAUUCUUCCCGAUCGAAGUCACAAUAUAGCCCUUUUGAAACUUAUCAAACCAUUCGAUACGUGUAAUAAGAAAAUAAUUCUACCGAAUGUUAUAUCUGUCAGUUACGACAAUAAUUACACAACGUGCCUGAUAUUUGGUUGGCAAAGUUACGUCUCACCAUCUUCAAAAGUUUUUGCCAAACCGAUUCUGUACAGCGAAGUGAUUCUCAAUUCCUGGAAAUUGUGCACGUAUAUGUUAAAGACAAAUGUAAAUUACACAAAUGUAUUUUGUACGAUGGUUGAGUUUAAGGAUGAAAUAAAAGCCUGUGCCGGUAAUCCUGGUUCUCCAGUUAUAUGCGAAAAUCAGUAUCACGAAAUAGCUGUAGUUGGAAUCGCAUCCUGGACAAAUUUUUCUUUAGAGUGUGGGGAUCUUCCAACGUAUCUUGAUCUUGGUGCAUUUAGGAUGUGGUUACACAACUUAAUAUUCAGCAACAAGGAAACAGAAAACAAGGAAGGCAAUAAAAAAGCAAGCGGAAAAAAUUAUAAAUUUAGUUCACAGAAUAACACUAAUCUUUUACAAAUAAAUUAUUGGUCAGAAGAUAUAUCCAUAGAAAGUACCAACAAGUCUCGCUUUUGGAAUAAAUUAUAUCUACCAAUUUUAGAUGAUUUUAACAAUACAAAUAUAUCUUUCUCACAUGGUUAUCACGAUAUACCUUACACAAAUAUAUUAAAAGAACCAAGUAAUAAUAUUUACAGAUACGAAGAGAUUGGUAGAACAAAAAAUUUGGAAAAUGAUAAUUACAUCGUAGAUGGUUCGAAUAAGCACGAAAGACUCGGCUAUCAAAAUAAAUCAUUAUUGUGCGGCAGUAAAAAUUUUGAUCAAGCUAUAACAGAAAUCAACAAAGACGAAUCUACAGAAUUAAAUCAUUUUGAAUUUUUAUUGCCUUUCAAUUACGAAGAUAUAACAGCUUCCUAUUCUAGCGUUAUUACAUAUUCUAAAAAUGAAUUUUUCUUGUUUUAUAUUUUACUAUUUCUUUGGUACUAUUAUUUACAUAUAAUGUUUUAUCUUUGAAUGCAUACGUAUAUUGUAUAAAACACGUAUUACAUAGAAUACAUGAUAUUUUGUAUUAUACAAGUAUAUUAUUUUCUAUGUGGUGGAGGAAUCAAUUUCUUUUUAUCACGUAAUUCUCUUCAAUAAAGUCUUUAUGUUCAUUCCUGAAUAAGCCAUAAUUUCUGAGCUGAUCCAUAAGUAUAUCAGUUAUUAACAAUGUUUGGAUCUUUGUGCAAUGGUAGCGGGUUGAAUAAUUUUACAACUUUCAUAGACUUUGAAUUUGUCGAUCUAAUUACUUCACCAAAGAUUCGGUUACUCAAAUGAUUUGUUCAUUUAAAAAUAUUUAGAAA